AUGCCUAAAAAGCACAGUCAGCGCAGCAUUUUGCUGGAGAACAACCAGCGGCCACCGAAUGAUACUAAGGCGUACGCCGUCAAGGUACUAAGAAGUGGCCUAACGCUGCAAAAAGCUCGACAGACGGCGCGGAGAGCAGAGAAUACUGACAAUCUCUCCAGUUCCGAGCCGCGUCAGUUGGGUAGGGGCAAGAGGAUCAGGUGUGCUACCAUGUUAUGUACCGCUAAUUUUCCUUUGAAGACAUAUUCGCAAACUAACCUCAGACUCCGACGACGAGGACUCGCCGAACCAGCCGAAUGAGCCAACUGGUUGGCCAGCUCCACCGCCAAUACUACAGUAAGUAUGACUUGUAGACAUUUCGUAGGCCAAGAACGGAUGAGAAUGUGCCACACUUGUUUACCUCUGCGUCGAUUGGACCCAGUCAGUCAACACCACUGUGCUCACUUGAGUAGACAGCGCUUAUCAGUUAUUACUUUAGACCCUCCACGACAAUUUCUUCAUAUGUUUCCACGGCCACAAUUUCGACGGAAUUUAGCUUAGCAUGUAAAUGAUAAGCGUUGUCUACUCAAGUGAGGACAGUGGUGUUGACUGACUGGGUCCAAUCGACGCAGUGGAAAACAAGUGUGGCACAUUCUCAUCCGUUCUUGGCCUACGAAAUGUCUAGAAUAGUCUGCAAUGCAUUGACAACAUCUGAUAGUGUUGCCUGCAUCUGCUGCGCACUGCUAUGAAGAGCCAUAAGUUGCUCAGCUAGGAAAUCGUUCCUUUUCCUACUAGUUUGUUAGGGAGAUUGUCCACAGUCUUACUCAAGUGCCGCUAGCCGGACAUUUGUGUUUACUAAGUGACCUUUUAUGUCAGCCAUGUCCUUUUGCACCUGCUGGCUAAAUUCCGUCGAAAUUGCGGCCGUGGAAACAUAUGACGAAAUUGUCGUGGAGUGUCUAAAGUAAUAACUGAUAAGCGUUGUCUACUCAAGUGAGGGCAGUGGUGUUGACUGACUGGGUCCAAUGGACGCAGUGGAAAACUAGUGUGGCACAUUCUCAUCCGUUCUUGGCCUACGAAAUGUCUACAAUAGUCAUACUUACUGUAGUAUUGGCGGUGGAGCUGGCCAACUAAUUUAACACUUUGUAACGCAGAAGUGGUCACCUACACUAUUGGGAGGUCCUCCAAAAUUUCUUCAAAUUAGGCUUGCCAUGGCCACGCUUGGCCACACCUGACCAGCUUGCUACUAGCGAGAACGAACGCUGUGUCAUAGGACACAUACCGCAUAUAAUACAUGAGCAGCUCGCUAAGAGUGCAACAGGCCAGACGCAGACAACUGUUUCACGGUCGGUACCGAUCAUCAGUACGUCACAAUCUUGGUAUGGUAUGCUGUAGACCACCGCUGAUUGUUCCAUCACUGGCAGCGGGUUUUGGGCCUCAUAAUUUGCUGUCUGAUUGUUGAUGCUACAACCGACUUGCAUUAAGUGGAAUUCGUCUCUGCUUAACGUUUGUUAUGUACUUUGCUCGCUCUGCAUCGGCUGCCUCUUGAACCUUCCUGGAUUCUGCGAGAAGUGCCGCAUAAUCCUUUAUCCACCGCGGUCAAGGCAUAACACAAGACAUCUUAUUCAGACAAAAUUAUUGCAUAUGGAGAGGUGGUAUAUAUUUCGAGCCGAUAUAAUGGAAAAAGGAAGGCGUUCAUUGAAAAAUGGCGUUUUACUCGUAAAUGUUUAAGUUACUGUCACCGACGAAAUAAAGAUAAUAUAGAAAGCGAGGCAGACACACGUGGCGCGUCUCUGGACAUAAGUGAGAAAAAGAGACAAUAUAGGGGACCAUAGUUGUAUUGCCCUGACGUUUCAAAAGCAAACAAGCUUUCAUUGUCGGAGAUGAGUGUUGUACCGCGCCUCACAGUAUUUAUGAGUGGUGACCGUCUUGUUGAAAUGGGUUCACCUCUCAUCAGGGGGCGGCGUUUGAACGCUGGCCGUCAUCGCACGUGUUUGCACUGAUCUUAGCCCUCGUCCUAGGCCUACAACCCGGAUUUGACUAAUGUGUGAUCGUUACUGCCACUUAUCUGGCUGUUGAAAACACAGGCGUUCGCAGGGUCGUGAAGAUUGCCAGCCUAGGACGAGAAACGGUGAGACGCAGUAUAACACUCACCUCCGACGAUGGAGCCUUGUUUGCUUUUGAAACAGCACGGCAUUACAACCAUGGUUCCCGAGAUCGCUUCUUCUUACCAUAUGCUGGCGGCGCAUUCCGCUUCCUUUGAAGCAGGUGUGACUGAACACGAAUCGGACGCGCCGUCUGAAGAACUACGCGUGUCGGUAUCCCGACCGGAAGAAGGAUAAACUGGAGGAAGCCGUCUCCGGCAAUUGGUGUGAGAAUAUUUUUUUAGAGAGUGAAAUGCAUUAUUUUGAAAAUAACAUUCAAAACUUUCAGCAAAAACGGUUCUCCAAUACACAGUGAUUACCAUAGAGAUUAGCAGGUAUUGGACAGGUGGGCAUAAUUAUGUAUGAAGAAAAAAGGACUUUAAGGUGCAAGAUCGAGUUUUAGCUUUUGUUUUCCAGCAUCUUUGCAGGUGAGAUACCGGGCUAUAAAUGGCAGUAUGGAAUUCUGAUAAGCCGAAGUGCGACAAGGGAUGUGGCGGAAGCAUCGACGCAUGGGGCGUAAGGAUUUCGCAGCCAUUAACUCAUUAUGAAGGGGAUGGACGGUGUCAUUCAGAAUUCGGUCAGCAAAUUGCUCCAUCGUAUUGAAGUGUCGCUGCACGAGGAUAUCAACUAAAAUAUGAUAGGAAACACCAGCAGCAGAGGCGAGCAUUCGAACGACACGUUUAAAAAUAAUUAGGUCUUUUUUAAGUAGAGCUGGAAAAAUAACUGGCGAACAAUAAAGAAUGAGUGGAAGAAUACAGUCAUCUAUGAAUCGCCAGAUUAAGGACUGGGGUGUGUGAUAUGAACGUAGCCGACGAAUGUAAUAAACAAGUUUUUGAAUUUUUGUUAAAAGGGUUUCCAUAUGAAGAGAGGAAGAGAGAUUUGAGGAGAAAGUAACACCUAGGUACCGGAAAGAGGAUACCUCAUUGGGAAGAAUAUCCAAAGGUUCAGGAAUGGGAGAGGGUCGCAAUCGAAACACACACUGUACUGAUUUCUGAUUGUUGAAUGGGAGUCCAUUAUUCGACGACCAUGUGGAGACGUGAAGUAACACACAAGUCGGCCCAAGUCUUCGCGGUGGAUACGCGCGAUAACUGAAAGGACUGUAAAACUUCAUCUUCUUCGUCCUCCUCAAUCUCCUUUGUUCCAACCUCCUAUAUAACUCCUUUGUCAUUCUUCAGUUUUAUACUUAGCGGUCUGUUGGUUUCCCCUGCACACGUCUCCUCCGCGCCACAAAGCGGCAUUCCGUACGCAUUUGCUCUUACGAUGGAACUCCCGACGGUUCUGAUCUCAUCACCAUUGAGACGAUGAACAGCAAGUGACCUCCACAUGAAGGCCUCGGCCUUUCCCCAGUGUUCUAAAAGCGAACUAUGCAUGUACUUGGUACAGUCCCGCACGCGCUGCACUGGAUGAUGUCGCGAAUCGCGGCCUGCGGGGAGGGGUAUUUGCUGCUCUGCUCAAAUCUCCGUUCUCGUACUCAUUUCGAUGGACUUCGAUAUGCAGACUUCACUGUCUUCCCUCGUCCUUUGUAUCUCCUGAAUCCACUAUCCAGGUAGAUUACUUUCACCUUCAACUUCUUUUGUGGCUCACUGAAACGUUGCAUCUAUCUGCUGUCUUUAAGGUGUCCACUAACUAAAUCUGAUAUCCACGCAUAAAUCAAUAUGCCUGUAUUAUCCCUCUCCAUGCGCACCCGUUUACCAGAGACAAACUCGGUGCAGUUGUGUUGCGUUUUGAGGUUUCACUGCCGUUUCCUUAUUUCCUAUGAAAGUUACCCUUUGAUCUCUUUCUAUUUUAACACUUACUCUCGACUUCUUUUAUGAUAAAGUGAAAUACUGCACCUAUCCCUCUUUAGAGUGUCCACUAACUAAAUCUGAUAUCCGCACGUAAAUCAUUUGCCGGUAUCAUUGUGGUUGUGUUGCGUUUCGGGGUUUCACUGCCGUUUCUUUCUUUUUUGUAAAAGUUACCCGAUGCCACAAUUUCCUCGUCUUUAAUGACGCGACUUUUACUUACACAAAGGUUCAUCGACACCCUCCACCGACUUUCGUCAAUGUACAUCCGGGCGAGCAAGAUGUUAUUCUUGCCAAAUUCCAAGGGAAUGCGACGCUACCUCGUCGAGGCAGCGAAGUGCAGGCCAGAGAGUCCACGACAGUCUCCGGAACUCCUGAUCAUAACAAACUGCAGACAAUGUCCGCUCUCCAGGUGUCGUUUUAA